GGAAAAUGAAGACAGAUUGUUUGACAAAGGUGAACUGAAUUCCUACAUGGACAAUGUCAUAUUUGUUCAAAUAUCUAGCCAAUACCUUGAGGUUUUGCUUGCAAUGCAAACAUCCUCAGAACCAUGGGAAAUAACCUCCCUUAUAUCCAACACAAAUAGAAUAAAUGAUGUGAUAUCAAUAGUGGGAAAAACAUCUAAAAAAUGCAAUGAAACAUCUGGAAAAAUGACAAAAACACACCAAGCAUCUUUAGAAUGUGAGCAAAAUAUACACCUCCCUGAAAACACAUCAACCCAAGUGGGAUCAAAGCCUGAGAGUCCCGUAAAUGGAGAUCACAAUAACUCCAGGACGUGUCAUAAAAAGACCGUAUCCCAGCAUGCAGCUAAUCAGUCACAAAUGGAAAACAACGUUUCGGAUUUAAAAGUCUGCGAUAAAGGCGCCGAUUCAGAUUGUGUAUUAGGAGAUACUCCAGUGAGUUUUCAUCACCCUGGGAGUAACAGUAAACAGGGUCUCUCUGCUAGAAGCACUUAUAAACCAUUAUCAGUUGAUAACCAGUUUCUCUUACACACUAGACUCCAACAAGCUGUAAGCAACCUCCAGGAUCAAAUCAAUUGUCUUAUCAAUUUGGAAACUGAUCAGAAAACAUUAGCUAGUUUAAUGGAAAGUCUAUCCUACAGUGAUAGGUGUAUCUCUGUGUAUCGCUUGAUGAUGCUAGUCAAGUGUCUAGGUGAAGCCGCCUGGCUCGGUCCUGGUUGUGAUCACCUUGCUGAGGUAGACCUUUUCACACCUCUGUCCUCUCUUGUGACCACACUGGCGAAUAUGGACAGUGUUAAUGCUUUGCUGGAUGACACUAUAAGCCAGCUAUUAGUGACCUUGGGGGGUGUAAAUACAUAGAUGUGGGGUCAGGGAGUCCCAGGGGUGUAGAGGCAUGGAUGUGUUAUUGUAUUGCUUCAGAUUGGGUAUGACCGUAUGAUGCAUGACUUACUGAUGACUGAACGUUAAACUAUUUUUUCUCAGAUUUAAAAUACAAUUAUUAUUAUAACAUUUAUAAGUAUAUUAAAAAUAUAAGUUUGGGAGUGGGUUAAAAUCAAGUUUGAAUGUUUAACAUCAUUAUUGGAUUCAAAAUGAACAUUUAAUCUCCAACACG